UACUAAGUGUGUUUGUUUGGGUUUAAAGAGCUGUUUGGUGAUCGGGAAAGACACCAACGACAAAAAUGAGCAUCGUUCACAAAUAAGGUGGGUGUGAGUGCCAGCCGGCCCCGAGGUCAUGGAGGUCCGUGUGGGCAGCGUGGUGUUUUGCUCCAUGUUUGACUCUGGAAACCUGGCCCGCGUGGAGAAGGUCGACUCCACAACCCUUAGCAACGCCCCCGACUACGAGUUUAAUGUCUGGACGCGCCCUGACUGUGCCGGGACAGAACACGAGAAUGGAAACAGGUCGUGGUUCUACUUCAGUGUGCGUGGUGCUGUGCCGGGGCGGCUGCUGAAGGUCAAUGUAAUGAAUAUGAACAAGCAGAGUAAACUGUACAACCAGGGAAUGGCUCCUCUAGUCAGGACUGUACCUGGUAGGACACGCUGGGAGAGAGUACGGGACAGACCCACAUACGAGAUGGUGGAUAAUCAGUUCAUCCUGUCCUUUACCCAUCGUCUGUUGGAAGUGAAAGGAGCGACCACGUUCUUCUCCUUCUGUUUCCCCUUCUCCUACAGCGAGGGUCAAGACCUGCUGUCACAACUGGACCAGAGAUACCCGGACACAUCAACGCUCACACCCAGUUCUGGUGACAGUGUGUACUACCACAGAGAGGUGUUGUGUAAUUCUCUGGAUGGUAACAGAGUGGAUCUGCUGACUGUCACCAGCUGUCUUGGAAUGCAGGAAGAGAGAGAACACCGCCUGGACAAACUGUUUCCUGAUACAGAGACUCCACGACCUCAUCGCUUCACUGGAAAACAGGUGUUUUUCCUCAGUAGUCGUGUACAUCCGGGGGAGACGCCGUCGUCGUUUGUGUUUAAGGGUUUUCUAAACUUCAUCCUACGCCAUGACGACCCCAGAGCUCACACACUCCGCAACAUGUUCGUCUUCAAACUCAUUCCCAUGCUCAACCCUGACGGGGUGAUCCGGGGACACUACAGGACUGACUCUAGAGGGGUGAAUCUGAACAGACAGUAUCUGAGCCCUAGUCCUGAUCUCCACCCCUCCAUCUACGCUGCUAAAACACUGCUGCUCUACCACCACACACACAACCGCACCACACACACACACUCCAACACGCACAGCAACACACACCACAACACACACUCUAACACACACACCUACAUCCCACCUCAAGCCCCUCCCCUCAGCACCAAACCCAACUAUCAGAGCCCUGCCCCACCCCUCACCCCUCUGGAACUCAGCCUCAACCAACGGAACGCUGAUAAAGACUCUAACCCCGCCCCCUCAGAGAUCGCCAUGGUUAUGGAGGAGAACACCUGGGUAACCACGGAGACCGGGAAGAGGGAGGGGCAGGGGGAUGGAAGGCGCUGUGAAGAUGAGAAUAUUCGCAGAGCGUCUCAGAGUCCACACCCGACAUCAGUACCUCUGGAGCUGGUAGUCACAGCCGGGGAACCAAUCCCUGCGCAGGAGGGGGGAGUGGCCUAUUACGUGGACCUGCAUGGCCACGCUUCCAAACGCGGCUGCUUCAUGUACGGCAACAGCCUAUCAGACGAAAACCAGCAGGUGGAGAACAUGUUGUACCCUAAGCUGAUAGCUGUGAACUCCGCCCACUUUGACUUCCAUGGGUGUAACUUCUCUGAGAAGAACAUGUACGCCCGCGACAGGAGAGAUGGGCAGAGCAAAGAGGGCAGCGGACGCGUGGCCAUGCACAAAGCUAUAGGACUACUACACAGCUAUACGUUGGAGUGUAACUACAACACAGGGAGGACAGUCAACACCAUCCCUCCUGCCUGCCAUGACAACGGACGAGCCACACCUCCUCCCCCUCCAGCAUUCCCCCCCAAAUAUACCCCCGAGAUAUUCGAACAGGUGGGGCGUGCGGUUGCCAUAGCAGCCCUGGACAUGGCUGACUGCAACCCGUGGCCACGUCUCGUCCUUUCAGAACACAGCAGCUUGACCAACCUCCGCGCCUGGACUCUCAAACACGUCCGCAACAGCAAGGGCCUCAACACACACUCUAGUGGGAGCAAGGGAUCACCACCCAAGAGCUUCAGCACGUCUCUGAGUCGUGUUCGUUGUAACAGCCAUAGCAGUAGCAGCCAGACACCGUCCCCUCAGAUACACACCUCUCCUAGCUUCACCUUCGGCUCCACGCACAACAAACACACCAACACACACACCAACACACACACACACACCAACACACACACCAACACACACACACACACCAACACACACACACAACGCGGGGGGAGCAAGACACUCGGACCUGUCAGAGACUCUAAAACUCAGGAGAAGAGACGUCCCCCCCACCACCACCGCUCCGUCCUUCGGUCGUCUCCAAGCAACAGCCACCCCCCCACCCCAGCCCGGCCCCCGCCAUCCCCCACCUCCUCCUCUUCCUCCUCCUCGUCCUCCUCGGUGGCGUCCUGUCCUCUUCCAGGUCUGUACUCCCUCCAGACGCAGAGCCUGUCCGCCUUGCUGCCCUCACUGCCCAGGCCUGGGCUGGUCUCCAAACUGAGCCCCCUGCUCCAGACCGGCCUAGGCUCGCCGCUGGCCUGCCUCAUCUCAGACAACACUACUGCUACUACUACUACUACAGCACAGACUGGUCACAACCAGGACACACUCAUCAUCAUCCAUCACUUAACCACCGUGAAGCUCAUCAUCAUCAUCCAUCACUUAACCACUGUGAAACUCAUCACCAUCCAUCACUUAACCACCAUGAAGCUCAUCACUGUCCAUCACUUAACCACCAUGAAGCUCAUCACCGUCCAUCACUUAACCACCAUGAAGCUCAUCACCGUCCAUCACUUAACCACCAUGAAGCUCAUCAUCAUCCAUCACUUAACCACCAUGAAGCUCAUCAUCAUCCAUCACUUAACCACUGUGAAACUCAUCACCAUCCAUCACUUAACCACCAUGAAGCUCAUCACAGUCCAUCACUUAACCACCAUGAAACUCAUCACCAUCCAUCACUUAACCACCAUGAAGCUCAUCAUCAUCCAUCACUUAACCACCAUGAAGCUCGUCAUCAUCCAUCACUUAACCACCAUGAAACUCAUCAUCAUCCAUCACUUAACCACCAUGAAACUCAUCAUCAUCCAUCACUUAACCACCAUGAAACUCAUCACCAUCCAUCACUUAACCACCAUGAAGCUCAUCAUCAUCCAUCACUUAACCACCAUGAAACUCAUCACCAUCCAUCACUUAACCACCAUGAAGCUCAUCACCAUCAUCCAUCACUUAACCACCAUGAAACUCAUCACUGAUAUGAACACUGGUGAUGUUGCUGUGUACAGCGCAGCAGGAUGUUGUGAAGUGAAGUAUGGUACUGUUGUGGCUGUGGUGUCGGCAGGGUCAGGCUACAGCUGUCCAGACGUGCUGGUGGUGGUGGCGAGGAGAGAGUUCCCUGUCCGGCCGGGACAACGAAACACACAGGCUGCUGGGAGAGAGGGACCUCUGAACAUCCUGUCCUCCAUCAGGUGCACCAGGUGUGAGCUGCAGCCGCGGGCCAGCCGUAUCCCCAUCAGGAGGGUGGAGUCAACCACAGACACGCCCACUGCUGGCCUUAACCCCACCUCCUCUGGCAGCAGGGAAGAGUCAACUACCAUGAAGGUCUGGAGACUGCUGAAACCUGACCUCCGCAGGCAUCUAGGAGUGUUGGAGAAGGAGGUUCCUUCGUUGCAUCUUGUAUCCAGAGCCCUGCUGAAGAACACUGACAGGAGUUCCCUCUACACACAUUCCAGUACUGACGACACCACAGAGCCACAGGUUUGUGAGGAGAAGACAGGGUUCGAGGCUGAGGCAGUGUCUGUGUGUGAAACAGAACCCCUGUGUGGAGAUGCAUGAUAACUACACCUUCCCAACCAGGACAGUGGGGACCAGACUGGCAUGAGAACUACACCUUCCCAACCAGGACAGUGGGGACCAGACUGCCAUGAGAACUACACCUUCCCAACCAGGACGCUGGGGACCAGACUGGCAUGAGAACUACACCUUCCCAACCAGGACAGUGGGGACCAGACUGGCAUGAGAACUACACCUUCCCAACCAGGACAGUGGGGACCAGACUGGCAUGAGAACUACACCUUCCCAACCAGGACAGUGGGGACCAGACUGGCAUGAUAACUACACCUUCCCAACCAGGACAGUGGGGACCAGACUGGCAUGAGAACUACACCUUCCCAACCAGGACAGUGGGGACCAGACUGGCAUGAGAACUACACCUUCCCAACCAGGACAGUAGGGACCAGACUGGCAUGAGAACUACACCUUCCCAACCAGGACAGUGGGGACCAGACUGCCAUGAGAACUACACCUUCCCAACCAGGACAGUGGGGACCAGACUGGCAUGAGAACUACACCUUCCCAACCAGGACAGUGGGGACCAGACUGGCAUGAGAACUACACCUUCCCAACCAGGACAGUGGGGACCAGACUGGCAUGAGAACUACACCUUCCCAACCAGGACAGUGGGGACCAGACUGGCAUGAGAACUACACCUUCCCAACCAGGACAGUGGGGACCAGACUGGCAUGAGAACUACACCUUCCCAACCAGGACAGUGGGGACCAGACUGGCAUGAGAACUACACCUUCCCAACCAGGACAGUGGGGACCAGACUGGCAUGAGAACUACACCUUCCCAACCAGGACAGUGGGGACCAGACUGGCAUGAGAACUACACCUUCCCAACCAGGACAGUAGGGACCAGACUGGCAUGAGAACUAUACCUUCCCAACCAGGACAGUGGGGACCAGCCUGGCAUGAGAACUACACCUUCCCAACCAGGACAGUGGGGACCAGACUGGCAUGAGAACUACACCUUCCCAACCAGGACAGCAGGGACCAGACUGGCAUGAGAACUAUACCUUCCCAACCAGGACAGUGGGGACCAGCCUGGCAUGAGAACUACACCUUCCCAACCAGGACAGUGGGGACCAGACUGGCAUGAGAACUACACCUUCCCAACCAGGACAGUGGGGACCAGACUGGCAUGAGAACUACACCUUCCCAACCAGGACAGUGGGGACCAGACUGGCAUGAGAACUACACCUUCCCAACCAGGUCAGUGGGGACCAGACUGGCAUGAGAACUACACCUUCCCAACCAGGACAGUGGGGACCAGACUGGCAUGAGAACUACACCUUCCCAACCAGGACAGUGGGGACCAGACUGGCAUGAGAACUACACUUCCCAACCAGGACAGUGGGGACCAGACUGGCAUGAGAACUACACCUUCCCAACCAGGACAGUAGGGACCAGACUGGCAUGAGAACUAUACCUUCCCAACCAGGACAGUGGGGACCAGCCUGGCAUGAGAACUACACCUUCCCAACCAGGACAGUGGGGACCAGACUGGCAUGAGAACUACACCUUCCCAACCAGGACAGUGGGGACCAGACUGGCAUGAGAACUACACCUUCCCAACCAGGACAGUAGGGACCAGACUGGCAUGAGAACUAUACCUUCCCAACCAGGACAGUGGGGACCAGCCUGGCAUGAGAACUACACCUUCCCAACCAGGACAGUGGGGACCAGACUGGCAUGAGAACUACACCUUCCCAACCAGGACAGUAGGGACCAGACUGGCAUGAGAACUACACCUUCCCAACCAGGACAGUGGGGACCAGACUGGCAUGAGAACUACACCUUCCCAACCAGGACAGUGGGGACCAGACUGGCAUGAGAACUACACCUUCCCAACCAGGACAGUGGGGACCAGACUGGCAUGAGAACUACACCUUCCCAACCAGGACAGUAGGGACCAGACUGGCAUGAGAACUAUACCUUCCCAACCAGGACAGUGGGGACCAGCCUGGCAUGAGAACUACACCUUCCCAACCAGGACAGUGGGGACCAGACUGGCAUGAGAACUACACCUUCCCAACCAGGACAGUGGGGACCAGACUGGCAUGAGAACUACACCUUCCCAACCAGGACAGUGGGGACCAGACUGGCAUGAGAACUACACCUUCCCAACCAGGACAGUGGGGACCAGACCAUACCCUCAGAGAGACCAGGCACCUGUUAGACUAUUCUAUUGCAUAUUUUUACCUGUAUGAUUCUUAUACGUGUGUGUGUUGAAAUACUGCAGUGUAUAUUGUGUAAUGUAUAGCUUGUAGUUAGCUGCUCUAAGUUCCUCUACAUGACCUGUAAAGUAUAAUAAUAUAUCAUGUAUUUAAUGAUCAUAGGAAAGUCUGCCUUCCCCUCUCUCACAGCAUUCCUAUUAAGGCUCCCCUAUAUAGUUGAUUACUUUGGAGCAUGGCCCAUAGGGGUCUAUAUAGAAAAUACGGUGCCAUUUGGGACCAACACUAUGAUACUGAGAUUACAGCAGAGUGGUGUGUAAUGAUACUAGUGUUUCUCUCUCUCUAUGUGUGUGUAGGGUGUAGGGUGUAUGGUGUAGGGUGUAUGGUGUAGGGUGUAU